GGUGAAGCCACAUGACUUUUACAGGUUAGAACAUCGAGUAAUUGCAUUUUACAUACAUGUAUAAGGACGGUGAUUAUCACGAUUAUUGUCAACUGUAAAGUAAUAUUUUAAAUAAAAUGAAUGUAACGUGCAAAUUAAUACGAGUAUGCAAACGUUUCGUAAGUACUGAGACGAAUUGUCAAGACGGAGCGAAAUGGAUAGAGCCAAUUGGUUAUCAAACUGCAGUGUCUGUAUAUAAUCCGAUAACAAAAUGCAAAGUUCCACUGAUAUUAAAAACAGAAAAUGUUUUGAAAUGGUAUAUGUGCGGGCCUACAGUUUACGAUUCGGCGCAUAUAGGGCAUGCAGCCACUUACAUAAAAUCGGAUAUUAUUCGAAGAAUUUUGUCGAAUUAUUUUAACAUUGAUAUAUUACUAGUUAUGGGUAUAACUGACAUCGAUGACAAAAUAAUCAAAUGUUCUAUUGAAAGCGGUAAAGAUUUUAAAACUUUGUCGAAACACUUUGAGACUGAAUUUUAUGCAGAUAUGAAUAAGUUAAAUAUUGGCGAACCGUAUUUGUACUGUAGAGUUACAGACUAUAUACCACAAAUCAUUCACUUUGUUGAAGAAUUGCUAACCAGAAACUAUGGUUAUAUUACAAAAGAUGGAUCUGUUUAUUUUGACACAAACAAGUAUAAUAAAUAUGGCAAAUUAAAAACCUCUGUUCAUGAUGUUGUAAAAAGUCAGCAUCCAGAUAAAAAAUCAGCAUUGGACUUUGCUUUGUGGAAAGCGGCAAAAAAUAAUGAACCAUCUUGGAGAUGUCCAUGGGGAUAUGGUAGACCAGGAUGGCACAUAGAAUGCAGUGCAAUUGCAAGCGCAGUCUUUGGAAAUUCUGUAGAUAUUCACAGUGGUGGAAUAGAUCUGGCUUUUCCCCAUCAUGAAAAUGAAGAAGCACAAUCAUGCUGUUAUCACAAUGUCAAUCAAUGGGUUAAUUAUUGGCUUCACUGUGGUCAUUUGAAUCUGAAAGGAGAUGUAAAAAUGUCAAAAAGUCUUAAAAAUACUAUAAGCAUACAAAAUUAUCUCGAAGAAUAUUCGGCAAAUCAUCUUAGAAUGCUUUGCCUACUUUCUCAUUAUAGAAACGAUAUUGAAUUUUCGGACGAAGUCAUGCAAAAUGCAGUAUUAGUAACUCAAAAAUUCGAUAACUUCAUAAAUGACUGUGAUAAUUAUGUUGUUGGCAAAUUUGAAACUGGUGAUAUUGAUGAAAAUCUUUUAUUUACAACCUUAUAUGAUACAAGAAAUAAAGUUUAUUCCGCAUUAGCAGAUGACUUUAAUACUUCAAAGGCCAUACAUGCCAUUAUAAAUCUUAUUGGGAUAGGAAACAAAAUGCUGUAUCAAAGUAAUAUAACGCCUCAUAGUAAAGGAAUAAGUGCUGUUGCUGCUGUUUCAAAUUAUGUUUCAAGUACUCUUUCAAAACUUGGCAUUUCACGAUCUACAAUGUCAACAGCAGAAAAUCAACAAAUUAAAGAUAUUAUUGAUUGUUUUCUGAACUUCAGAAUGACUAUCAGAAAUAGAGCACUUGAACAAAAUCCAAAAGAUACAAUUUUGCUAAAAGAGUGCGAUAAUGUGCGAAUGAAUUUAUCUACUUAUGGAAUUGUAGUAAAGGACCAGCAAAGUGUCACUAAUUGGAGUUGGAAAUAGCAUAUAAAAAUCUAUGUAAUUAGAAGUUAAA